UAUAUAAUAUUAUAUGUAAGAUUUAAAUAAGCAUGCAAAUGUUUUCAUGUAGAAGAACUCAACUAAAGAAUUUUAUAAAAAAUUAUUAUGAAAAUAUAUAUAAGAAAUGUGAUAUUCAAUCUAUUUCUACAGACAUAAGGGAAUGGAAGCCUACAAUAGGUUUAGAAAUACAUGCACAAAUUUUAACAAAAUCAAAAUUAUUUUCUGGAGCUUCUACAAAUUUUAAUUGUCCAAUUAAUUCUUCUGUAUCAUUUUUUGAUUGCGCAAUACCUGGUACAAUGCCAGUAUUAAAUAAAAAGUGUGUAGAAGCUGGAAUAUUAACUGCUUUGGCUCUUUCAUGUGAAAUAAAUGCUGUCUCAAUGUUUGAGAGGAAGCAUUAUUUUUAUUCUGAUUUACCUGCAGGUUUUCAAAUUACGCAACAAAAAAAACCACUAGCUGUUAAUGGAGAAAUUAAAUUUAAUGUAUUUAAGCCUGAAAUACAUAAACAACCUUAUACAAAAUCAUCAAAAAUUAAGCAGAUACAGUUAGAACAAGAUAGUGGAAGAAGUUUUCAUAAUGAAGUUUUUGAAAGAAGUUUAAUUGAUCUUAAUCGAGCUGGAAUACCUUUAAUGGAAUUAGUUUUUGAGCCAGAUUUAACAAAUGGAGAAGAAGCAGCAGCUCUUGUGAAAGAACUUUGUUUUAUUUUACAAUUAUUAGGCACAUGUUCAUGUAAAAUGGAAGAAGGAGCCCUAAGAGUUGAUGCAAAUGUUUCUGUAAACAAAUCUAAUGCACCUUUAGGUAUUCGUACUGAGAUAAAAAACAUUGGAAGUAUAGGUGCUAUCAAUCGUGCUAUAGAAUACGAGAUAAAAAGACAAAUUUCUAUUUUAGAAGCAGGAGGUCAAGUUACCAAUGAAACUCGUGCAUGGAAUCCAAUAGACAAAAAAACAAUUCUUAUGCGUGAAAAAGAAGAAAAACAUGAUUAUCGUUUUAUGCCUGAAUCAAAUUUGCUACCAUUAUAUUUACACAUUGAUAAUACGAUGGAAAAUAAAUAUAAUCUAAUUAAUGUCCCAUCUUUAAAAGAGCAAUUACCAGAAUUGCCAGAACAAAUACGUCAAAAAUUACAGAACAGCCUUACACCACAUGUAUUUAUAGCAAUAAUGAGUGACUUAGAAUUAUAUCUAUUAUUUCGUGAUAUUUUAAAUAAUGGUAAACAUCGUAAGCCUCAGUUGGUGGCUCAAAUUCUUAUUUCUGAAGUAUGUGCAUUUAUAGAUGAACAUAAAUUGAAUCUCGCAUUUUGUGUGUGUAAUCAGAAAUAUAUUGAAAAGACAAUUGAUUUAUUACAAGCUAGAAUAAUAAAUCAACAUAUACUAAGAAGAUUGUUAAAUAAAUUACUUAAUGAAUCAAAUAAGAUGCCAGAACAGAUUGUUGAAGAAAAUAAUUGGUUUAUGAUAUCAAGUGAAGAGAAAUUAGAAAUAUUAUGUUUAGAAGUACUUAAAAAAAAUCCAAAAUGGGUCAAAAAAUAUAAAAGAGGAAAUAAAAAAAUAUUUAAAAAGUUUCUACAUGAGGUAGUUACACUUACUGGAGGAUGUGCAGAAAUGGUCAAAGUUUCAAAAAUUAUGACAAAAUUAUUAAGUUAAUUUCAAAAUAUUUCAUUAUUAUCUCAUUCGUUUUUAUAAUAAAAACAUUUAAAUAAUAACUUUAUAAAUGAUUAGAAGUUCUUAUUUUUUAACAUAUUUACACAUCAUCACAUUAAAAAUAUUAUACGAAAUAUAUGUAAGUAAUUUUUUUAACAUUUAUUUUUUAUAAAUUGCAAUCACAAAUAUAAAAUCAAAUAUGAAAUAAAUAUCUUUGAUUU